CGAGUGACCCGACGUUACACAUCACGUUGAUUAAAAAUAGCAGAUUAAACGAUGUCGCAAAGAUCAGAUGCUGAAAUUAGUCGCGUCUUAUACGAACGAGAUCAUGAGGUUGACUACGGCGGCGAUGGUACUGAUUCAGAGGAAGAUAAAGACUGUGUCGAGGUUCAGGAGUCUAGCGACACUGAAGUUUCGUGUGACGAGCCAGACUCGUCACACUCUGAUAAUGUUCCAGACUCUGAUGAUGAUUUAGAUGAGGAAGAAGAAGAGCGAGGCCAAGCACCUCAGCGAAGAAAGCGCAGAUUCGUCCACGGUAAAGACAAGUUCAAGUGGAGUCUUGAUACUCCGGAGGCACGUGGUCAAUGUUCGAGGGUGCAUUUGCCUGCAGCUAAGGGUAACAGUUCAAAUGCAACAAAUCCAUACGAAUCGUGGAAUGCUCUUUUUUCGGAUGAAAUGUUGGAUCUUAUCUUGAAAUGGACAAACGCGGAAAUUGAAACAUAUAAAACGACACACGUGUUUAAAGCCGCUGAUUCAGCAACUUUUUCUAGUUUGACGUUAAACGAAUUAAAAGCGUAUAUAGGUUUGUUGUAUUAUCAAGGACUGAACAAUAAUAAUCGCGUCUUACUUGAGAAUUUGUGGUCCGAUGAAUUUGGCACAAAUUUAUAUAAAACUGUAAUGUCAGUGAAACGGUUUCGAUUUAUCGGAGCUCGGCUUCGAUUCGAUGAUAAAACCACUCGACGUGAACGACGCGCGAGCGAUUUGCUGGCUCCCAUACGCGAACUGUGGGAUCUUUUUAUCGGAAAUUGCAUAAGUAAUUACACCCCUUGCGACAACGUUACCAUCGAUGAACAAUUAUUGGGAUUCCGAGGAAAAUUUUCAGCUCGUGUAUACUCAAAAUCGAAGCCUGCACGAUAUGGCAUAAAAGUUUUGUCAUUAAAUGACUCGAGGACUUUUUAUAUGUUGAAUGCAAUUCCUUACACUGGUCGAGUUAUUCCAGAGCGAGCCGAAUCGAUACCAACAUACUUUGUAAGACGUCUAUCUGAGCCUAUACAUGGUUCUGGAAGGGUUAUCACGUGUGAUAAUUGGUUCUCUUCUGUAGA